AUGGCCGUAGGUUCUUUGACACCCGACCCUAUUCAAGAAAGACUCGAGGAUGAAGAUAUAUUUUCCUUUGAUGAAGAAUUGGUACAAUUAAGAGACGCAGCUAUAAGACAGAAAAGAUAUAGGCCUUAUUUCAAAUGCCUAGAAGAAUAUAAUGGAGACAUUAGGAAGCUAUUCAAAGAAACAGAGGAAAUGCAAGAGAAGGUAAAUUCUGUAACAGAUGUAGGGGUUUCUCAAUUGUUGGAUUUAAAAGACAAUAUAAUAUUGAAGUCAAGAAGAAUCCAAUUCAAAGAAGAAAAGCAUUAUGUGUAUGAUAGUGAAAGAUCUGAUUGCACUUCCGUAGAAUCUUCUUCCCAUGGAUUGAAAAAAAUAUUUAAAUUUUGGAACAGACGUGGUAAGAAGGAAAUAGUAAUUAUUUCUCAAACAAGUAAAUGUUUUGGUCAUAAUACUGAUGAAUAUACAUCCUCCACGGGGAAUUCAUCCUCUCCUUAUUCCAUAAACAAUGCGGUAAAUUUUCAAAAUGAUUGCUUAGUUCAGUCAGAAAGGAAAGAUAAAUGGUUAGAAAUGGAGAAACACCAUGGCGGAGGUAAUUUGGAUUAUUCUUAUCCCUUUAUAAUGCAUGAAAGUCCUCCGAAACUUUCUAUUAAUUUUUAUAAGGAUGUUGUGAAGAAAAAUGAAGUGGAUAUCCCAGAAAGUGUCCUUAGUGAACCAAUUAUUGAUAUCAAAGAGGCAAUUCAUUUAAAGUACAGAAUGUUAAGUCCUUUAAAAAAGCCUUUUAAGAAAGUAUUAACCGUUCCCUCCAUGGAAAUUCUUCAAGAACAACAAAACAGAGGACGGAAGCAUUUCCGUGGCAGUUUUACAGAAGUAUAUGAAAAUUAUUAUACAAAAAAAGCAUGUACUGAAAAAGAAGGGAGGUUUAGAGAAUUUUUUAAUUUAGGUUUGUUUAUAACAAAGAGGAAUAAGGAAGAAAGUGAAGAAAGUUUGCAAUGA